UCUGAAAAUUACAUUAUGAAUAUCAAAAAGGAAGAUAUUGGAUCCUUAAUUUUCCCAAAUAAACAAUAAAUGCAAUAAAUAUACUGCGAUUAAAUAAGUUGCUUCAGCGAUUGUCCACUAUAGAAACAUCGCCGAUACUUACACACAAAAUCAGCUGUUGCUGCUAUUUUGAAUAAACGUGACCACGAGUAACAUUACUUGAUUAUCAGGCACAUUUGUUGUUAUGGCGAAGAAACGCAAAAUACCUGUGCGCAAGCAUCAUGGAAUACGAGAUCCGCUUAAGCAAAUCGAGCAGAAGGAGAAAAAGCUGGCCAACGUGACAAACAAUCCUCCAACGCAAAACGACGAGCAGCGAGCUUCACACAAUUUUAAGCAAUUCAAACGAAUUGUUGAGGCCGCGAAAGCGGGUAAAAAGCUGAAGGUCGGUAAUAUUGGCAGAGAAGACAAACCCAAGGAUACAAAAACAAAAAAGUCAACGACAAAUACGACGGGAACCCAAAAAACAGGCAAAAUAAAACAGUUCGACAAUGAAACAGAUGCGGAAUAUCUGCGACGAGUCAAUCGCAUAACCAGUGCAUCAGUGAGAGAAGCACAAUACGAGGCGAAAUAUGGUGUUAAUGUCAUACGCAAUCCGUCAACGGGCGAAAUAACGCUACAGAAGCGACCGAAAAACGAGAUCGAUGAGCUGCUCAAGCAGAAACAGAAAGAACGCCAUAAUCUCAAAAAUGGACGCAGAAAACCCAAUGCAGUGGUCAAGAAUGGAAUGGAUGCAAAAACGCGUAAGGAGCUAAUAAAGCGAGCCUUCAAGGAAGCCGAUGAAGAGGUGCAGCAAGAGGCUGCUCCUCUUUCGGAAUAUAAACGAGAUGUUUUUAAAUUUGGUGAAAUUGUUCAUGCACCACCUUCACUAAAGACGCUGCCGCGUAAGGCAAACAAAGAUGAGACUGUGCCCAGACCAGGACGUAAAUCAAACCUGUUGCUCAAAUCACUAAUGACUCCAGCAACGCUGACCGCGCAGAAUUCCCCUGUAACUAGUAGUAAAAAGAAAGCUGCAGCUCAAAGUGCGCCCACAAAAUUGCAAAUGAAAGGCAAACGUAAAGAUCUGCCAGCUGCAACACGUAACAUGCUCGAGGGAGAGCGCAACAAAAUGGUUGAUCUAUAUCGCCAGCUGAAAAAAGAGCAAAGUGUGGCGAAACAAGGAUAAUAAUCGUAGUAGUACUAGUUUUUACCAGUAACUAACAUUGUUAUAAUGUUUAUUUUUACUUUUUAACAUUAAACUUUUCAACAAAA